CUUGAAUCAUUCAGUUCCACCGCUGACCGACAUUCAAAUCUCCCAUAGCUUCGACGAUUCAGAUUCAAUUUGACACUGUCCAUCGUCGUCGCGAUUUCCAUCAUAAGUAAACGGCUCGUUCCCACUUGCCCAGUGAAUUUAUUAUUAACUGGACUGUUUGUGUUGUUGUGAUUUUAUUCGGCUUGUUGAUUUCGGUUGUUUGGUUUUGGCUACUGGGACAAAAUGACUAAGGACUUGGCAGACUCCAACGCCGGAAGCAUAUUGGGCUUAAACGAGAUAACCGACAGUCCAAAAAUAUGGAAAGCCAUAAUCGCCGAAUUCCUAGGCACCCUUCUUCUAGUUUACGUCGGUUGCGGAUCGUGUUUGAACGUAGCAAAUGAGAAACCCACCUACGUCCAAAUCGCCCUUACAUUCGGCCUGACAGUUGCGACAUUAGUUCAGUGUAUUGGUCACGUCAGUGGAUGUCACAUCAACCCAGCAGUCACUCUCAGCCUCUUCGUGUCUGGUGACAUAAAACUCCUCAAGUCCAUGUUCUACAUCGUCGUACAGUGCGUUGGGGCCAUUGCUGGAGCUGCACUUCUAAAGCUUGUCACCCCCGAAGAAAAAGUCGGAAGUUUGGGCCAGACCAACGUCUCCUCCAGUUUGACUUCUUUGCAAGGGUUCUUGGCGGAGGCGGUCCUCACUUUCGUUCUCCUCUUUGUCAUCCAUGCAGUUUGCGACCCCAAGCGGAGGGACAUCAAGGGGUCGCCGGCGUUGGCCAUCGGCUUUGCCAUUGCAGCUUGCCACUUAAGUGCAAUUCAAUACACAGGCUCCAGUGUGAAUCCUGCUAGAAGUUUGGGACCAGCUGCUGUGAUGAAUCUUUGGGAAAAUCACUGGGUGUACUGGGCUGGUCCGAUUGUUGGUGGUGCCCUGGCUGGACUCGUAUACAAAUUCCUGUUCAAAGUCCAAAAGGGAGACAGUGACUCUUACGACUUCUAAAAGUACUUCAUCCUCCAUCACGCACUCAUCCACGUGCUUCUGUCGCCGAGUACUUAACUCCCAUCAGCAUUUUAGCUACUAAUUUAUGUGUACAAAUUUUUACAUAUUGUAAAAAGUCUUAUUUUAAGCGUUGGCCUGAUUAAUCAGACUAAAUUUAUUGUAAAUUUCUUUAUUUAUAUUAUUAUGUAUUUUAAGUUUAGGUAUUAAAUUUAAGGAUUUCACGCUGUUCUUAUGAUUACAGUCACUGUAAUAAAUUCGACCAUAAAUAUAUGAAAUAUUACACUUA